ACAUGAAACCCGCCCUUAACUGACCUUAGCUGUAUCAAAACCAAUCUACCCUGGAUAAAUGACACACGUAUUGAAGUUCAUUUAAUAGCACGAUAUGUAAGACGUCAUGCAAGCAGACUGGAUAUGUGGUAUCAUUUUUGUUAAUCUCAAAAGGGUUGAUAGACUUUGCCUAUAUAUACAGGACAGUAAGCCAGACUUCACAUCACGUAGUGGGAAAGAGAUGUUAACAUCGUCUGAGGCUAACCAACAUGGAUCUCAGUUCGCUUCUCAGCUUUAGUAGUGUGACGGUGGCCAUCGUUGUUAUAUUGUUGAUACUGCUGGUCAGUCGGACACUACAAUGGCCGGCCAAUGUCCCACCAGGUCCAUCUGGCUAUCCUAUCGUAGGAAGCAUGCCUCUACUGCGAAAGGGAAAUGUGCUCGAGACAUUUCGGAAACUUCGAGCACAAUAUGGCGACGUUUUUAGUAUACAGAUUGGGCCCAUGCUUACCGUGGUCAUCAAUGGAACCGAUGCGUUAAAGGAAGCGUUCGUGAAGCGUGCGGAUGAAUUCUCUGACAGGCCAAGCAGCUAUUUCAUAAAAAAGUGUUUUCACUUUAAAGGUAUUGGCCCCUCGUCCGGUGAACACUGGAAACAAACACGGACAUUUUCUCUGUCCACACUUCGGAAUUUUGGAUUUGGAAAGAAGUCUUUGGAAUCAAGAGUCCAAGAGGAAAUAGAGGCUUAUUUUGGUAUCAUUGAAAAGCAAAACGGACAACCUUACGACGUGAACGAAGUGACCACCAUGGCCAUAUCAAAUAUCAUAUGCAGUAUUACGUUCGGAAACCGAUUUGAAUACACUGACGCAAAAUUCCAGCGACUUACGUCACUUUUCGCUGAGAACUUUAGGUUAAAUUCGGUUGGAGGGACUAUACGAUCUUUCCCAGUAUUAAGAUUCCUUCCCGGGGAUAUGUUUAAUAUAAAGAAGUUAACUCAAAAUCUCACCGAUAUCAAAUCUUUCGUUUUUGAACAAAUCGCUGAGCAUCGAAACACGUUUGAAGAAGAGAAUCAGCGAGAUUUCAUUGAUGCGUUUCUGAGACAACAAAACAAACAUGGCGAACAUGAUCCGAUAUUUGAUGAUAUGAACUUAUCAAUCUCCGUCAUGAAUUUGUUUACCGCCGGGACUGACACAACAGCUACCAUUAUUCGCUGGGCGAUAAUUUACCUCAUUCACAACAAACCUAUCCAGGACAAGCUCCGACAGGAGAUUGAGACUGUGGUCGGAACGUCAAGGCUUCCGUCACUCGGCGACAAACCCUCCAUGCCUUACUACGAAGCAUUUAUAACAGAGGUUUUCCGGAUGGGCAACAUCGUUCCACUGUCUGUGCCUCACGGGGCUAAGAAGGAUAUCCAAUUCCGAGGCAUGAUUAUCCCAAAGGGAUCCUCGAUAAUUCCGAAUCUUGACUCCGUUAUGACUGAUCCAGAUCUGUUUGAGAAUCCGGAUCAGUUUCAACCCGAGAGAUUUCUAGGAAAGGACGGACAAAUGAACGGCAAGGAAAGGACUGUAAUGGCUUUCUCCCUAGGAAGACGAAUUUGUCUUGGAGAAUCCCUGGCGAGGUUAGAGCUAUUUUUGUUCAUAACCUCAUUGCUGCAGAGGUUCGAGUUUCUCCCAGAAAGCCCCGACAAACUCCCAUCAUUUGACGCGACUUUGGGAUUGACGCGGGCGUCCAAGAACUACAAGUGCCGCGUUGUUAAGCUGAAAUGAAUAUUGAAACAAACAAUAUUGGAGGAUUUGGACAUAUAUACAGUAUCUUAUACAGUAUCUUAGCCAUUUCAUCUACU